AUGUUAAAAGGAUAUCUCAAAGGUGUUGUAGACCUAGUGAACAAUCUAACUGAACCAGCUGGUUCAGACGAAAAUCUAACUUCCGGUGAUACUCCGGAAGUUCUUGGGGAAGGAUUUAAAGAUCAGGAUAACGGUAGUUCCAAUAGACCACGAACACUUAAUUCUGUGCCCAACUCACAGAGCGUUGACAAUUCGGAAUCAAGUAGUGUACUCAGUUGGAUUGGAAAUUUAAUAGCAGCCAAUGGUGAGAACUCCAUGUUGUUCUAUGUGGACUCUCUUGCAUCUAUGGGGAUAAAUCCAAAUGAUGAUAAUGAAAAACAAGCUGACCAGGAAUCUGAAAAAUCAUUAGUUAUAACCGAAGAUAUUUCGAAAAUUGAAGUACCUGAAGUGUCUAAAUCACAAGAAGAUAACAAAUUGAUAACGCAUAAUAUAAAUUGUGAUUGGACAGAUAAAUUUUCAGUCAAAACUUCACAUGUUUGGAACAGAUUAAAAAGGAUUUUAAUGAAGUUGUUCAUUCUGUCUCUGAACCAAAAGAUGUUGUAUGUCGUACUGCUUUUUCAGUUCGUGAUCGUAUCACAGCUGCUGCAAAUACAGUAA